CAACCUGUGCGCAUGCGUCUAAAGUGGACCGCGAAGAGGAGAACCUUGAAGUAAAGGCACACGGGUGACACCAGAACCGAGGAAACAGUUGACAACAAGUAAGCAGUCAGGUUCAGUGACUUAUCAAACUACUGGUUUGCAGUCCAUUUCACGUGGCAUGGCUGCCAGGCGUAUUCCACCUUCUUCUUGUGACACUUUUGUGGCCCUGCCACCUGCUACGGUUGGAGAACGUGUCAUUUUUGGAAAGAAUUCCGACAGGCCCUGCGAUGAGGUUCAAGAGGUGGUGUACUUCCCAGCUGCCAGUUAUGAGCCAGGAACCAAACUCGAGUGUACAUACAUAGAGAUCGACCAAGUGGAUCAAACUUUCCCAGUUGUUCUCAGCCGACCAGCAUGGAUGUGGGGAGCAGAGAUGGGUGCAAACGACUGUGGAGUGUGCAUUGGGAACGAGGCUGUGUGGGGUCGGGAAGAGGCUAAUGACGAGGAGGCUCUGCUGGGUAUGGAUCUUGUCAGACUUGGCCUCGAGAGAGCAGAUACUGCUGAAAAGGCACUGGAUGUUAUCGUGGAUCUACUUGAAAAAUACGGACAAGGUGGAAACUGUAUGGAAGACGAGUCCAUUUUUACAUAUCACAACAGUUUUCUGAUCGCUGACCGGAAAGAGGCCUGGAUCUUGGAAACAUCAGGAAAAUACUGGGGCGCGGAAAAAAUAGCAGAUGGAGUGCGUAACAUUUCAAACCAAUUUUCCAUCACAACUAAAAUUGACAGGGAGCAUCCAGACAUGAGGGACUAUGCCAGGAGCAAAUGUUGGUGGGAUGGAAAAAAGGAGUUCAAUUUUGCUGCAGUUUAUUUUUACUUGAACACAGCAAGAAUGGAAGCGUCAGGCAGCAGAUACUGUGAAGGCCGCACACUUUUAAAUAAACACAAAGGAAAUAUAACAGCCAGAACCAUGAUGGAAAUUCUACGAGACAAAGAAAGUGGCAUAAACAUGGAGGGGUCUUUUUUAACAACUGGAAGCAUGGUGUCUGUGUUACCCAAGGAUGCUGGCUUGCCUUGUGUCCAUUAUUUCACGGGCACACCUGACCCUGAAAGGUCUGUCUUCAAGCCCUUUGUUUUUGUACAAGGCAUUGGACAACUGAAAGAAACCUGCUCUCCCACCUUCGGACCUGAUGAUCCUGUCAAAAAAAGGCCCCGUUUUCAAUCAAAGCCUGACCGCAGGCAUGCCUUAUAUAAGAAACAUGAAUUAGCAGCGGCAAUCAUGGAGACCACGAAGGAAAGAGGAGAGGGCAUACGGAAGAAGUUGAUGACACUGGAGACACAAAGAAUUGAAGAAAUGGAGAAGCUUGCUCAGAGCAGUAUUUCGGACUGGACCUUAGUUGUCCACAUCUUCUCGGACACUGUGCAGGACGAGCUGAAGGCUUACAGCUAAUGAGUCUUUCAGAAAACACAUAUGAACCUGUGUUUUAAGUGCUGCCUGCUUAUUUGCUUUAAAGAUUCAUGUGGUGUGAGCCUCACAGUGAAGGCGUUUUGGUUCAGCAUCAUAAAGUAGAUGACCAUUUCCCUCGUUCAAGACCACAAUUCAGUCUUUUGCUUUUUCAGUAAAGGGAAGCGCUGGUGCAGAUGACAUCGUAUUUCUAUCAAUUUUGUAUUUUUUGAGUUGCCUCUAUCACUUAAACUCACUGAGCUGCUUUUUUUAAUCAGAGAGUCCUGAUUAAUGUCUAGGACAUCUCGCCAUAAUAAGUGCUGAUUUGCUGAAUCUUUAACUGAUCUUUUAAAGUAGCAGAAGACAAACAUAUCAGACUUUUAACUAGUUUGCAAAUAUUAAAAUAAGGUGCCGUUAAAUGAAUAUUAUAUGAACUUGGAAAAUAAAUAGCACUUUGUAAAUCUUG